AUGGGGAUUAAAAAGAAACAGAAAAGCAAAAGACUGACCACAAGGAAGAGGGAAAGCAUGUUGAAGAGGGCAAGAAUCAACGAGAAGAAGAAAAGAAGGCUGAACAGGAAGAUGGUGCUGAAGAUGGAGAAGGUCCCACCGUUUGUCCUAAGAACCGACGAGGAGAAUAUGCAAUAUGCGGAGAUAAAAAGAAUGGCAAGGCUCCGAAAGAUUGAACAUGACGAGGCUCUGAAGAAUUCUGAGAAAAAAGAAGAUUACUUGGAAGGAAUAAUGAACUUGGUAUCCAAAAGUGAUGUAGUGAUUGAGGUUAUUGAUGCAAGAGACCCAGAUUCAAGUAGAAACGGUGAAGUAGAGAAGGUUGUCUUUGACUAUGGAAAGAAGUUGAUUAUGGUCCUGAACUAUACUCAAUAUGUUCCCAGAGACACAAUCAACGAAUGGAAGGAUUAUUUAAGAAAAGAUGGGAAUACAUGCAUUGAGUCAAUGGAAGAAGGUAUGGAGUGGAUUGGAAAGGAAAUGAGGAUAGGGAUAUUUGGGAAUUCAAAGUCUGGGAAGAAUUUUGUUCUCCGAAGUAUUACUAAAGCUUUGGGAGAGAAACCGAGAUUUAUGAUAGCUUCUGUCCCUCCAAGCAGGAUUACCCUUACAAGUGUUCUUAGAGGAUGCCAUAAGCUAAUUGGGAUGCCAUUCAGCAGCUAUAUUGACGCAAUUGUUGAAAGAAUCGAUAAAGAUGAAGUUUCUCUUCGACAUAGGAUACCAAAAUUCGGCAAUUCUGAAGAGCUUCUGGAAAGUAUCUGCGACAGGAAUCAGAUCAAUGAUGGGAGUAAAUGUAUGCGGCAUAUGAAGGCUAGUGAAAGGUUUCUAGAAGACUUUUUUAAUCACAGAAUUCUCUUCUGGAGAGGUGUCAAUGAUGAUGAAAAUGACAUAUCGUUUGCGUUUCCUUCAUAG